UGUUACAAAGCAGCUCAGGUGCCACGAACAGCUCGGACUGAGCAAGGCUUGGUCCCGAUUGUCUACUGAAGUCAGCUCGGUGCUGGCUUAGUCAAGCUAGGUACACGAAGCUGGGCGUCUUUGUCAGUCAUAUUAGUACUGAAAUACAUGAUAUUCACCGGUUUUCGGUCUAGUCAAGUGAAGUUAUUCACAUUCAUAUUCACUGGCUAAGUGCAGUGAUACAUGAGCAUCGCUGGGAGCUGGUCCCGCCGCGUGCAGUGAUAUAUGAGGCUCACUGUGUCGUGGCCUCAUGACGAGCGGCGGCCGGACGGCCGAGCCUCUGUUACCUGAUGUGGCCCACGAGCCUCUCGUAGCGGCGCCGGGCAACAGAUGUGCUGAAGUGCGUCUCACUCACGGCGGCCGCGCCUUCACUAGGCUAGUCACCCCUGGGCCUCGUGACGAUGGGUACUGCUCAUCAGACUCAACGCCCAAGGGCACAGGGCGAUGUCACUCUGAUCUCACUCUCGUCGGACUCACUCCAAGUCCCCUCGUGGGAGACAAUGAGGAGGCGCAGGCCCUCCAUGAUUCCCCCAUCGAGGCCUCCCCUCACCCCGACAUUCUACAAGGCGAUGGGAAGGCCUCACCAAACCAGCUGGUGCCCCAGGGGAGCAAGUUGCCCCACACAGCAGCCCCACGUGACGCUGAGGACGGCAGGGAGUCGUGGGGCAAAGGCAUGGACUUCCUCCUCUCCAUCAUCGGCUUCGCGGUAGAUCUGGCGAACGUGUGGCGCUUCCCCUUCCUCUGCUACAGAAAUGGUGGAGGCGCGUUCCUACUGCCGUAUUUUUUAAUCACGGUUUUCGGGGCGCUGCCGCUGUUCUUCAUGGAGCUCGUGCUGGGCCAGUACAACAGGCAGGGACCCAUCACCGUCUGGCGCGUGUGUCCGCUCUUCAGAGGAGUGGGUUACUGCGCGGUCCUUGUAGCGUACUUCGUUAGUUUCUACUACAACGUGAUCAUUGCGUGGGCCCUGCACUUUGUGUAUGCCUCCUUCACGUACGAGCUGCCCUGGACCAACUGCAACCACACGUGGAACACGCCCAACUGCUGGGACGGCGUCACCUCCGAGGGGCCAAGACCUAACGACACCAACAUGACAUCGCCUUCAGAAGAGUACUUCAAUUUGGUUGUGCUGCAAAUGGACAAAAGUCUAGGGUUUGAUGACCUGGGGCCGCCCCAGGCGGGCCUCAUCGUUUGUGGGUUCAUCACUUACGUCAUACUAUAUCUCUCACUUUUCAAGGGAGUCAAGUCAUCAGGCAAAGUGGUGUGGGUGACAGCCACCAUGCCAUAUGUCAUCCUCACGUUACUGCUCAUCCGCGGCGCCAUCCUCCCUGGCGCGGCUGACGGGAUCAUCUACUACCUGAAGCCAUCCAUCUCAGCCUUACUCAACUACCAGGUGUGGUACGAGGCUGCGGUACAGGUGUUCUUUUCAGUGGGUGCAGGAUUUGGCGUGCACUUGUCGUACGCGUCGUACAACACCUUCAGCAACAACUGCUACAGGGACUGUCUCAUCACCAGCCUUGUGAACGCCUUCACCAGCUUCUACUCCGGGCUUGUGAUCUUCACUUACCUCGGCUACAUGGCCUUCAAGCAGAAGAUGCACAUCUCUACAGUCGCGACGGAUGGUCCAGGGCUGGUGUUCCAAGUUUAUCCUGAGGCGGUCGCCACGCUGCCCUUCUCUCAAUUCUGGUCCAUACUCUUCUUCCUCAUGCUCAUCAUGCUUGGGCUUGACUCCGGGAUGGGCGGUCUAGAGUGCGUGAUCACUGGGCUGCUGGACGAGCUCAGGGAAACGUUCGGGCGCAAGGUGAUCAGGCGGGAGGUCUUUACUGCCAUCGUCGUCGCCUCGUCCUUCCUGGUGUCCAUCGGCAACUUCUGCCAGGGUGGAAUGUACAUGUUCCAUUGGCUGGACACUUACGCUGCCGGCGUGUCGCUCCUCUCAUCAGCGUUAUUCGAGAGCAUCGGCGUCGCCUGGUUUUAUGGCUUGGACCGCUUUACCGCAGACAUCCGCCACAUGCUUGGGUUCCAGCCAAGUCUCUACUGGAUUAUUUGUUGGAAGUUUAUCUCACCGCUAUUCAUUUUAAUUACGAUUCUGAUGGGAGUUUGGUCGAUGGCGACGAACGCUCUGGAGUACCACGGACUGGUGCUGUACGUUUACCCAGGCUGGGCAGAAGCCAUUGGUUGGUGCAUCACUGCUUCUUCGAUGCUCAUGAUCCCUCUUUGGAUGUUCAUCUCUGUGUUCCGACAGCCACACAGCUCACUCAAGGAGAAAUUCCGCGCCGCCAUCGUACCGCAGGAGAAGAAGGUGUGGAGGUCAGCCUCAGCCGCGGCCACUCCAGCGUUGUCUGAAUGAUCGCCCAAUGAAUCUAUUUCUUGUCAAUCUAAUGGAAAAUAACAUUAAAUUACAUUACAUAACAUUAAAUAAGAAUUAGCAGUUA